AUUCAAAUAAUAAACGAAUAGAUCGAAACCCGUGAAAUUUUCUGGGCCACCGUAAUUGAACUGUUAAUGAUACCGCGUGGUAGCUUCCAGUCAGUCGAUUCAGCCGCGUUCCCGGAUCGAUGAUCGGGCCAGUUCUAAGAGGGUGGACCGUGGUGAAUGAACGACAAGCGCGUAUCCUUCUCGCGGAGAAGACACGGGAGAAACGCAAAAAAACGCGGAAGUGUCGUGGAUCGUCGGCGAAGCGAGGGCAAAACGGAAAGAGGGAAAAACGCGCGUUCGCGGGAGGACAAAGGGCAAGGAAACCAACGGGAGGUCGGGUAAACUACGAGGAAAGCGGGCGACGGGGUGAACCGAGGCCUACAACAGGGGACGCCCUGGACGGUGGUGUCGACGAUGUCGGCGUGAGCGUCGUUGGCGGCGGUCGAUGCCACCAGAUGCCACUGUGGCGCUGCCGUCGCUCGAAAAUAAGCUCGCCCAAAAGCUCCGCCGACUGCAGUAGCCCGGCAUCCGUCGGCGCCGCGGCCAGGACGAAAAUUUCCCGCGGUAGAUUACCACCGUGCGUAACACUCGCCCCGAUGGAGGCUUGAAUGGCACCUCGAGGCUGACCGCGACCACAGACAUCGACGUCGAGCGCCGUAACGUUUCAACGCCGAGGAAAGAAAAAAGAAAACAAAUAACAAAACCCGUCGAGGAUGUGACGUUUUUAGGGUAGGACUGAGAGAAAAUUCGAGCAGCUCGACGGAAAACGGCGGGUGUCGGUCGGGUUGGUUAACGAGAUCGCGAGACAAAUGUGCACGGUGGAUAGUGUGACAUAGUGCGGCGAAGUAGGCGACGAAGACCACGGGGCGGGAGGAGGAAAAGGGCCAGUGAGGAACGCGGGAAGAGGAGGAGGUGGGACAGGAUGCGGGGGCACAGGAAGAGGGCGCAGAGCCCCGACGAUUUCUCUUCUUCUUCAUAGGGGAUCGUUUCGUCUCAUCGACGUCCAACGUGACGACGGGCAGCAAGCACGCCGAGGACGACGACGACGAAGACGACGUCAACUGGGUGCAUCAUUGAAACGAGCACUGCCGUUUGUUCUCCGAGAUGGCGGACGAAAAGGAGAAGCAGACGUUCCUGCAGAAGCUGCUGUUCUACACGACCGCGUUCUUCAUCCUCCUCAGCACCUUCAGCCUCUUUGCCUUCCUCUUCUUGGUCCCCUUCGUCAUCGACCCCGCCUUCACCACCAUCUUCAUGCAGUUCGACACUCGGCCAGCCGAGUGUAUCACCAUCGACGUUGAGUCCAGGAGAGGUACGAGCAACUGUUCAUGGACGUCCUGUAGAGAGGGUUGCACCAAGGAGCUGUACGAUUGCACGCAAAUACGCGUCAAUUACAAGCUACCGGUUAACGCGUCCGAGGAUAUCGAUGGACAGGGCGAGGGAGGCGGGGCGGUAGGAGGUGUCGAGGAUGACGAAGACAGCACGACGAUGGGCAAACCGCGUUACGAGCGCUCCCUAAGGGAGUACGAUUACGACGAAGAUCUAGACGAGGACUUCGCCGAGGACGAUGAAACUGGACUGCCGAAACCCUUCCCUACAGGUCUCAUGGGCAACGACUCCGAGUGGUACUUCACCGGGGCGAAGCUGUUCCCCAACGUAAAAGGCUGUGGAUACCCUCCAAUGCUGAAUUGCAGUAUUUUCUACCGGCAGUACGCCAACAUAGGGCAGAACUUUAGCUGUUACUACUCGAAAGUGGACCCCGGGAUAGUCAUCAGCGACCUCGACAUGUGGCAGGUGUACAUGAAUCUGGUGUACGCGAUGGCGAUUCCGAUACCGUCUUUCAUAAUCUCGGUGAUAUACCUCACCAUCGCCUACUUCAAGAUCUACAACGAAGAGGAGGAGGUCCUCGUGGGCGGCGAGGAGGGCGAGGACGGCGGGGAGGGAGAAGGAAGUAACGCGACACCCUUACCACUGACGAGCGGAGCCCUUACGCCCGGUAGCGAGGCUUUCAGAGAAGACUUAGCGAAUCCAAGCUUCGGGCAUCAGCUGAAAGUCGCCAUGGUCGACGACGUCAGCAGAGAAAGCUUGGACGGGAUACCCAACUCGUACUCCAUUCAGGGAAACUUGAGCAAGACGAUGACGACGAGUAUCUCAACUCCCCCUGGGCCGACGGCGGCAGUCUGAAGCGGCACUUUCAAGGUCUGAACAACAUCUCCUGGAAGCCGCACUAAGUGACCCAAAGAACGCGGGACAAGGCGGAGAGAGCGAGAGAUUCUACAGUAGCUUAUUAAAACGUUACCGACCGCGGACAGCCGAUAUCCUCUCACCGACUAACAAGGAUGAAACCGAUAACUGCUAAACACGAGAACUGGCUUCGGGUACGUUCACCCGAGUGAACCAGAGGGGUCGACGGGACGCAGGACGUUCCCGAGGACGGGAACCAGCGUCGUUUCCGCGUCCAAAUUCACUCGCGUCCUCUCCUCGAACGAACAGAGAAGUGAUCCAGAGUGUGUCGUUCAACGAGUAGUGUUUUUAGUAAGCCGCACGCUAUCGCAUAACUGUCCCCGUACGCGCUAAUUAUUAUCCAUAGAGACAAACGAUAUUUUGUGACAGACUUUUUUCUACUCGAUAACCGCCCGUGUCGCGACCGUCUCUGAGGGGUGGCCCCGAAGAGGACCACCCAUCGAUCAAUCCGUCGAGGGCUCGUCCAUCCUGGGCCGAUCGUCCUCUGGCAUUAGCUAGGCGAUCGGCUCGAUUGGCGAGAAUCCAGCGAGGAAAAUAUUAUAUUUGGAUUCGUUGCCGAUACCGCGGCGCCCUCGGGGUCUCUCGUCGUCCUCCCCUGAAGGACACUUCCGAAACAUCCGAGUGGAAUUUCAGAAUAGAUUCGAGGCUACUCGACGUCUCGAGAUAAGUCGACUGGAGGCAGCAUUGGAAGCGUUCUCCUACUGGAAUCACCGAUGGCGCUUGAACUUGUUGAGUCGGGUUGCCACGGGACAUUUAUAACGAGAGUUGGAUUUGGAGCAGACCAGGCUGAGCAUUGGGUGAUCCGAGGAUUAAUCGAUGGUGGACAUCCUGCCGAGGAGACUUGGAUUCAUAACAAUGGUCGACCUUGGUUGAUGCAUGGAGGAAAGAAUUGAACAUUUUUCUUCUGAAUUGUCAAGAUUGAUUAAAGAAUUGAGUGUAAGGAAUAUUUAUAAUGAAAGAUCGAAAAGAUUGGAGUAGUCGAGGCUGAGCAUUGGGUGAUCCAAAGAGGUUUAAUCACUGAAUCCAUCCAAUAGAUGAAAGAAAUGAAAAAGUUAGUGAGUUGGAACUUAGAUUUCUAAAUAGUCGAGUCGCUUGGGUCAUACAUGAAGCAAAGUUACGUGUUUUAAACUACCAACACAGAUACUUGGCUGUUGAAUUGGUGUCUUGGAGCCAUUUACCAGUGGUUUUCGAACAAACUGAACCAAUUCUGAUCAUUGGUUGCUUUAAGAAGGAUCAAUUCUGACUUAACCAUUGGAGAUUUGAAUCUGUAAAUGAUCGAUACUCGAAUGUAUCGGUCGUCACGGCAAAGGAUUUCUUUCUGAAUGAACAAUGCUCCUUGGGUGUUAAAUGAAAACUCCAAAGAAGGUGUAUAACAAACUUCGGAAAUGUAAACAGAACCACUCAACUCUGAUCAUCCCAAUAAAUCAUCGCUGCACCCAUUCAACAGAUGAACAAAAUGGAGAACCUGUCUAAUUGACACUGAAUUCCUCUUGGUCAUCCUAUAAGCCAAAAUAAACAGAUUUCCACCCGAACGAUCAAUGGCUAUCAAACCAAGUCCCCAAAGAAAGCGUAUAACGAAAUUCUGAAACAGAAGCACCCAUUCAACAAAUGAACCUUCGAAUUGAAACUUGAACCAACCUAGAAGAUCAAUGCCCUCCGAAGGAGCCACCAGCAAUCGAGAUAUUCCGAAGAGUCCCUCUGUGGCGCCGAGUCCAGGUUACUGUCAAGCACAGCGUUUCCUCCGUGCGUAUUUCUGCAACGACUCUCACCUAAACUCUGCCACGCGAAACUCGAGACAGGAGUUCGAGUUGUCUCGCACCUGUGCGUCGAGAGGAAUGCACACACGUACCAGCCACUUUUCGCUGUCUUGCUCCUCCCCGUCGCGAUAGACGUCGCGCGAACGCAUUCCUGCCGAUUCCGUGAGCACAUACACACGCACACACACAGACACACACGCGCGCGCCUUGGGAAACACCGAUUCUUUCGACGACGACGCGUAACAGACUCUGGUUCACUCGUCGAAGCCGAAGAACGAAGAGAAGUCGAGGAUCGAGGAGAAUGUCGAGUAUCGAAGAGGAAGGAGAACUCGCGGACGCAAAACGGUCGCGUAACCCGCGUGGACUAAAUAGCUUGAACGAGUAAAUACGCUAAUUUAAGAGUACCAUUACCAAUUAACAAGUAUUAAUAAGUUAAUCCGCUUGCUGUGUGAUCAUGACGCAUCCGAGAUACGCCACUCUCCACGUGCAUCGUAGACGAGUCGAACACUGCAUCAAAAAACACCGAGACACACGUUUCCACACGACACACUAUUGCCGCGACACACACACACACACACACACACACACACACACACACACAGAUACACACGACCACACAUGCUUCUGAUCAGGUAUUUUCGUGAGAGGCUGCUCGCGUGCCCGCUGGAUCGUGAAAUAACGCUCAGGGGAUGCGCCCCUUCGUGGUUACCGCGUUUCUUUCGGAGAGCGUGCUUCGAAGGGAAGCAGAGUUCGUUUGGAAAUGAAUUUACGAAGGCAGCAUAGAGAUUAGGAAGUUAAGGGGGUGGUAGAUUUCUUUGGAGUGGGACUGAUUCGUGCUGCGAGGACAGGUAGCUUCUGUCACUAACGAUGACUUUUUCUUUUUGGUUGAUAUUUUCGAAUUACAUGUUUGAGCUUGUGGUACUAUGCGGAGAUGAGAAGUUGACUAGUGGAUCUGAUUGGUUACUACUUGAUUGUAAUCUAGAAUUCUAUAUUAUGAUCUAUACUGUACUGAUUGGUAACGGUAUAAUCUUCUUGAUUACAUGAAAGAAUUCUACAUUAUUGUCUGUGCUAUACUGAAAAAUUCUACAGUAUAUUAUCUAUCAAACCUACUAGCUAACUUCUCAUCUUUGCAUGGCACUAUAUUUAUAUUGGAGAAUCGUAUAGGUUAACUAUAAACAUAAAUGACAGAAGAAUUUAAAUGGUUGAGAAACAUAAUUUUGAAUUUUUAUUUUUAACAAAGCUCCUCUAUUGGCAGAUGAUUGUCAGAAAGUGAAAAUAGUUCUCCCACCUUUUACAGGGAGCUUAAAAAGAAAUUAAUGUUGAUCGAAACACCUUGGUCUAUUAUUCUAGGGUGUAGCUUUCAUGUCUUGGAAAAAAAAAUUAACACACUACACAACCUAAUAAAUUCUCCAACCACUUUUUGCAUAAAAUCACACGUAAAUUUUUGUAUCGCACCAUGCCAUUGCAAUAAUCUACAAUUCCGCUGACUUUAUUCAACCAUUCACACCCAUUCAAACUUAAAUACAUCUGCAUCAAACAAAGCAACACAGUAGGGUCUCUCAAAAAAGUGCCACGGCAAUUACUGUGACAAUACAAUAGUCUAUAAACCUGUGAAUUACCGAAAGAUGCUCGCGCAUUAUGAAUCAGUCCCAUUUCAAAGGCGUUGUAACGCUACGAUAUAUAUUUAUAAGAAAAUAAAUUUUUCAAUAAACGCUCGGGUCAAUUUCUGUCCAGGAAAGAAACAAGCAGACCUUUCGCUUUGCAUUACUCGCAUUGUUAUUUACGAUUGUAAGGCGCCAAGAACGAUCUACCAUAGGAAAUUUAGUAUACAGAAUAAUCGGGAGUUCAGCCCCAGCGAUUACGUAAAGGAAUAAGGGUACUCGCGCAACGGGUAAAGCGGGUAACAGUGGUUUUUCGCGGCCUCGUUGCCGCGCUUGAAUCGAUACGAGUGGCGCAGGACAGGCGAACCUUCAAUCCCUGAUAUCUAUGGCAAAAAUUGAUGGCUAUAGUAAUUGAUGGCUCCUCGAAGUACUACGGUUCAGAAACAUUCGCGAUUAAAUAUUAUAACACAUACGUUGAUGCAAAUGUGAAGUUACACAAAUGACUCAACUAUCAAGACUCAAGAUUGGUUGCUUUCAACGCAAGCCACGAUUUUUUUCGUUUUGGGAUCUGUGGAAGGUCACUCGCACCACUGAAAUCGAUGACAAAAAUUGGUGCUUAUAAUAAUUGAUGGCUCUUCGAUGUUAAACAGUUCAACAACAGCCACAGUUAAUUGUAAUAAUACACAAGUUGAUAGAAGCAUAAAGUCACAUCGAUGACUCGACUAUCAAGACUCAAGAUCGGUUGCUCUUUAACGCAAACCAUGAACUUUCCAUCCACAAUUUUCUUUCGUUUUGGGGAUCUCUGACAGAUCGCUCGCACUACAAUUAAUCUGAGACAGCGGUCGUCGAGCAUAAGUAACAAUAAACUUGCAUGAAGCUCGCGAAACGUCGCUCAGAAGACUUGUUUACAGCGAGAUCAUCGGUCGGGCACGUGUUCGCGCAGCGUCAUUGGAGUAUCGAUCAAACAUUUGCACCGAGUGCCACUCGAAAAUUGAGUAAGGUGCGUGGCAUUGAAAAGCGUUUCUAGCUUGAUCAAAGCUUCUUCCUUUUCGUCAGAAGCAAUUACCUUUGGUGCUUGACCCGACGACGAUUAACAAUGCUUAAGGGAUAAGUUUAUGGUUCCACGUAGCAUCGAAAUCGAUGAGAUCUCAUACGUCGCGAGGACUUUUGCUAUUUGCGAACGCUACUUCACUGUACAAAAACCUACGCAAACACACAGACGUACACAGGGUUAGUUACACACGCGCCUUCGAAUUGCACACAACACACACGCAUACACACAGAUACACAUACGCAAACGCGUGAAAACAGAUACACACUGAUUACCAAUGGAAGGAAAUAAUAAUUGAAUUGUUUUUAUGGAUUAAGAACAAGUUGUCUGUGAUCUACAAUAAUUAAAAGAAUAUUUAAUAAGUAUUUACGUGGUAAAUGCAUAACUGACAUGUCGAUAAUGUCGAACGAAUCGAUUUAGGGAAUAUUAAUAAUUAAAAGAGAAACAGAGGGGAGAAUGGAUGCGGAAUGGGGGAUGAUCGAAAUUGUUUGGAUUGUUGUCGGAGAUUCUCGCGAUAAGGAUAGAGCAAUAUGAGAGACGGAUAUUAAGUGGAAACGAUUAAUCGCAUUAACGACGUCACUGCAAAGGAAUUCUAGAGAAGAGGUGUAUUAAAUAAAUAAAUACAUAAAUAUAUAUAUAUAUAUAAACAUUAAAUUAAUAAAUAGAGAUUUACAAUGGGGCACGCAAAGUCUAACUAUGUAUAAUCGCUGUUGUUAAUCGAUAAUGAUUCGCGAUGUAAAGGAAGAAAAAAACAAGGUGCGUGCUGCGUUCGAAGUACCGAGUAAAAUACAAAAAAAAAAUUAUAUGAAUAAAUAAAUGAAUAAAUAUAUAUAUAUGAAAAAAAUAUAUAUAUAUGGCACUUGACCGUCGCGGCUAAAAAGUACAUAGGAUAGAUAGAUUUAUAGAAGCGCAAAAAAAAAAAACACCAAAAAUCGUUCCUUCCACCCGCUCCGGCCGUGUAUUUGAUUAUCGAUUUUAAAUAUAUCGCAUCUCUCAUGUGAAGUCAAGAAAAGCUCUUGUGAAACUCGUAAAAACGCACCUCAGAACGCAAUUUAGUACGUCAUUUUUAAUAACGCAAGGGGAGACAGGCGAAGGGUGAAAAACAAUGUCGCGGGCGAACGAAACCAAAGGGAGAUGAGGAGACGAAAAUGGAGGGAUAUAUAAAUAUUUGCCACAAUCACCGAGUAAUAAGUUGUUCAACGAGCGUUGCGAAAGAUGUUCGAGAUAAUUUUUGUACAGUUUUGGCACACACGAGAACAUGCAACAUCGUCGUCUUUAUAUUUAUGUACAACAUUCAAUUAUUAUAAAUUUUUCGAUAUUAUUACAAACUAUGAUCGAUUUCGUGUGAAAGUGUAUAUGGCUUUUUCUGCGGUUAACAAUAAAAUGUUGUCAAAGCUUUUUCACGAGAUA